AUGUCACAUAUCUUCGACGCUGACCAGUGCGCUGUGAAGCUCCUACCUUGUGUCACAGAGGACAGCAGCAACCCUCAGAUCUGGCUCUGCCUCGACAACACCUCAGUCAUCUGGGGCAUACGGGGCAGUGCAGCAGCCUCCUCAAACUGGGCCUACAACCGCUGCCAUGAGCUCCUCAGACAGCACAAUGUCGGCCUGAAAUGGGCUCCUGGGCAUAUGGGGAUAGAGGGCAAUGAGGAAGCAGACCGCUUGGCUAAGCGGGCAGUCUCAUCCACUGCAGCCCCAGCCUAUGGUCUCUACAGGCCGACUGUGGAAUACCAAGUGAAGGCCCCUCCGGAGCUCACCAUGCCACGGCAUGCCCUUCACCGCUGGCUCGCACUCCGCUCCUCUCAUGGGGACUUCUCCUGGUACCACAGGCGUUUCCAGCAUGCAGAUGCGAGGCUCACCUGUGUCUGUGGACACAACAAGAGCCCAGAACAUUUGGUGCUCUGUCGACACUCACAGAGGCACUUUCUUCACUGGCCCAAGAGGCCAGCAGCACGGCCACACAACCGGGCGACAGCUGUUGCCUAUCUAGGGGUCUCUGACCCCUACAGACUUUGUAGAACAGACAGACGGCAAGCAGUUCUACACACGAUACUGCACAAGCAGUUCCACGAGGCCGGCCUGCUGAGUACACCCACGGUAGCUAGUGCAACUGCCAGGGACAUCACAGUCUAUGCAGACAGUACAGAUAGCACAACUAGGCUCAUCUGUCUCAAUUAG